GAAAUAUAUUUUAUCAGUUAACGAAAUCUCGCUGCAGUGAAAAAUGCUCUUGAAGUUCAUUAUUUUCUUAGGAUGCUGUAUUUGCAUUGCUAUAACAGCCGACACUCAGAUAAAGUGUGAACGUCUAUGUCCUGAUGUCAACUUACCGAUUUGUGCACAAUGCAAUGGAAAACCUGCCCAAUUGAAAAACUUUUGUGAAUUACAAAAUAGAAAAUGUCAUGCUGAAAGAUGUUACUUCCUUUGGUCCGGACCCUGCGAAAGGCGUCGACCAGAGGCAGUGCGUGGAAAACGUGAAGUAGCCAUUGAGGAAGUUGAUAAUUGUAAUUUCGCUUGCACGAUGAUGUAUCAACCAGUUUGUGCCCGCUGUGGUAAGGAAUAUGUCACUUUCGGUAAUUCCUGUGCCAUGCAGUAUAGAAAUUGUAAAACAAUAGAAUGUGAGAUUGUUUCCAAUGGGGCAUGUGCUGAAAUCAUGUAGAUAGCCUAAAAGAUAAUUAAAUGAAAAAUAUAGUAAAAAAUUUAUUUUUUCUUAAUAAAACAAAUUGUUUU